AUGAGUGAUAAGCUGAUGCCGUCCGAGGAACACCUGGUGGAUCAGCUAAGACAGGACAGACAGGAAGAGGGGAUGCACACCCGAGAGGAGGGGCGGCCCACGAUGGAGCUGGGAGCCCUGCCCAAGCACAAGGGAUCGCCAGGUCAGCAGAAGGAAGGACAGGCCCAGAUGAGGAGAUCGGGUGGAGCAGAAAAAACGCCCGAUCGGGAACACUGGGAAGGAGAAGUGCAUGGUCUUAUGUAUGAGGAGCCUGAGGCCCUGCUGAAGGUGUUCAGCACAUUGGAAGUGAUGAAGCGGGCAAUACUUAAGGGGAGGCCAAAGGAUAAAAUAGAGGACGAGGUUUCCUGGAGUGAUGAAGAGGAGGAUGGCGAUGAAGAGGAAGUGGCCGAAGAGGGAGAAGUUGAGUCAGACCCAGCUGAUGUAGAGGGGCUAGCUUGCACCACUACGUAUGCUAAUGACCUCCCUCUUGCCGAGGUCCAAAGUGCCCUGUUUGAUGCUGUUCGUGAAAAGUAUCCAACACGCAACACCGGCACGAUUCCUAAGAUAAGUUGGGACCCUAAAGACACACCAGGGGAGUUCUUAGCUAAAGCUAAAGAGCAGUGGUUGAUGGAGACAGGCAUUCAUCCAGGUAAGGAGGGCGAAAGUCGGGCGUGGUUCCGUUCCGCCGUUCUAGCAGGACUGCCAAAACAGGUCACAGCAGACUUAGAGAAGAAUCCAGACUUUGCAGUAGCAGACUCUGUGCAGUGGGAGAGGCAUGUGGUGCAUCGCCUCCAGCAGGAACAGGAUUCGGUGAAUAAACAAAAGAAAGAGCUCGAGGAAGCCCAGGCUCUGCUUGUCAAGUUGCAGUUGGGGGAGGCUCGCGACAAACUUAACAAUAAGAAAAAGGAGCUGAAAGAACCAAGCAAAACGGUAAUGGUGGCAAGGCCCGGGGCUGAUCCGGUGCCUGACUGGCCGGAUUUGGAUCCGAAUCUCUAUCCUGAUGACCGCUGGCCCGCCAAUGCACCAGGGCAACGUAGACCCGCUGGGAAUUGGGGGACCGGUGGUUCGCAAAGGGGGCGUGGUGGAUCCGGCAGGAGUGGACUGAGAGCUCGGAAUUCGGGGUUUCCACGUAACAACGACGGAUGGAAUUGCUGUUUUACCUGUGGAGCAGAAGGACACUGGUCUCGAAACUGUCCGGUGGUGCAUAAUAACUACGUGAGGCGAGGCUAUCAACCCCAGGCACGCGGAAACAUCAGAGGAGGAGCUGCGUACAGGGGGGCGCACCAAGCUCCGAAUCCCAGUGCAGCGCCUGUCGCCCAGUAUCCAGUCGCUGACUGGGGCUGGGACGGGGAGCAAUACUGACGCCGCCCGGAGAGACCGAACAGUGUGGGUGCGGCAGAACCCAUGCUGUCGAUGACCGUGGAAGGUACAGAACUACCCUUCCUGGUGGACACUGGAGCAACUUAUUCUACAUUGAGAGACACACCCGACUGUGCAACGCUUUCAAAUAGCACAGUCAGUGUGGUGGGUUUCUCCGGGAUUCCGAUGACUCUGCCACUGACUGAUCCAGCUUUGACGCAGCUGGGAAAACAGACUUUGAAACACCAAUAUGUGGUGUCACCACAGGUGCCUGUAAAUCUCAUGGGCAGGGAUCUGCUUGUGAAACUGGGAGCAACUAUUAUGUGUUCGGCAGACGGCCUGACGGUCUCUCUGCCAGGAGGAAAAGAAUUCCCGUGCCUGGGAUCGCCUUCAAAGACUCAAUAUCUGGUCAGAGACUCUGAGCAGUCCACAGCAGAAAUAUACUGGGGACGGCUGGUGGAGGAAGGCAUUCUGAGAACAUACCAGCAAUGGAGACCCUGGAUAAUGAGCUUGGCCGUCUACUCUGAGCCUAGAGAUCCUUACCACGUCACCCUUUUUUAUGAUAAGGAAGAAGACGACACCUAUAGGGAACAAUUGAGAGUGAUCUAGAGGGAGAAACUUGGAAUGUAAAAACACACAAUAUUUACAUUGGACCAGAAGGUGUCGCCGCGGCUGUCAAAUUAACGGAUGAACAAUUGCCCUGGUACAAUGUGGGAGAGGAUUCAGCCCCUCACAUUACUUUGGCGGUCCAUGUUGGUCAUGAGGCAAGAGAACUAGGGCCAAUGGUCAAGCGGGCACUGGACAACUCUUGGUGGCAAGAACACAAAGAAAUUUCCAGAACACAUGGCAGAGAGAAAACAGAUCAUCCAGAGGCGGUGGCUGAACUCCCCAAACUGCCUGACACGUUGUGGUCCAGAGGGCCAACUGAUGUGGGUUUAGCUUCCUGUUCACCUGUUCUUUUCGAGCUGAAGUCGGAUGCACCCAUCAAUAAACCACAGUACAGGCACAAACCAGAGGCUGACGCAGGUAUUGCAGAAACCAUUGAAGGCCUGUUGCAGGUACGGGUGUUAGAACCAUCACACUCAUACUGGAACACGCCUAUUUUACCAGUUGAAAAACAGGGCACGGGGAAAUACAGGAUGGCACAUGAUUUGAGAGCUAUUAAUGCAAUACUACGCACUGAAACUGUUCCUGUGCCUAACCCAUACACAGCUCUCACUGCAAUUACAUGGGACCAGAAAUGGUUCACUUGUAUUGAUUUGGCUAAUGCCUUCUUUUGUCUUCCACUGCACGAGUCACUCAG